AUGUCGUUUUGGUCGACUAUAUUCUGCUGUUUUGAUAAUCAGGAAACAGAGAGACGGGAGACUGUCGUGGCAUAUCCGAAGCUUUCGGCAACGCAAUCUAAUUUGCAGAGAGCAUUGAACAACAAACCUUCUAAUACACAGCUGUCGAAAAAAUCAAUGAACGCGCCAAGUGCCGACCGUCCCAGGCAACCCACUGCCCAGGAUGCCAAUGCGCACGAUCCGAACGAGCAUGCCACGUUGAAGCAAAACGCAGUGACGGAAAUAACCGACUUGAAGGAUUAUACAGACAGUUCGAAAGACGACGAUACGCUGAAUCAGAUUGCGGAGGCUCCGGACCACCAGACCCAGGUGCUACAGAAACAGGCAGUUCCCCGUUCUAUGGAUGCUCCGGCAAACACAAAUGCCUCGUCAGAUGUGUCUGAAGCAAGCGACUUAAUAGAAGAUGAGGAGGAAGACGCGGUUUUCAACGAGGAGGAGCUUGAGGAGGAUCAGCUUGUUGAUCUGGAUCUCACCAGAAUACAAACGGAUCAGGUGGUGGCUUCAUCGGGGUGGCUGCUCGACCCGUCGCCUCCACAUUUGCAAGGCAGAAAAUGUCUUGUGCUUGACCUGGAUGAGACACUCGUGCACUCUUCAUUCAAAUACAUUCGACAUUCGGAUUUUGUGAUUCCGGUGGAGAUUGAAAACCAGAUGCACAACGUGUACGUGAUCAAGCGGCCAGGAGUUGACGAGUUUCUUAAAAGAUGCGGAGAGCUAUACGAAGUUGUUGUGUUCACCGCGUCUGUGUCACGUUACGGCGACCCUUUGCUGGACAUUCUGGACGUGCACAAGUCUGUCCACCACAGACUUUUCCGAGAGAGUUGCUACAAUUACCAAGGAAACUACAUCAAGAAUUUAUCCCAGAUGGGAAGGCCAUUGAAAGACCUCAUCAUCAUUGACAACUCGCCAGCGUCGUACAUAUUCCAUCCUCAGCACUCGAUUCCGAUCUCCAGCUGGUUCAGUGACACUCACGACUGCGAGCUCACGGACCUGCUCCCUUUUUUGGAGGACCUCGCCAACAAGGAGGUGGACGACGUGUCUCUUGUUCUGGAUGUGAAUCUGUGA